GCCAAAUCGUCAUAUCACCGUAAAAACGCAGAACGGGGAAUAGCUGUUUUGUUUUGUUUCGCCGACUUUCUUCUCCAAACUUUUCCUUCCCGAUUCUGCGGAUCUCUUUCUCUGUGGGAUUGUGCGGAGAAUCUCUUCGCUCCAAGCUUCGGUUCUUCUUUCAAGCUUGCAAACAUUAGCCCCUUCUGCGUCUUCGAUCUUCACCGGACGUUUUUCUUUAUCGGCGAUCAUUUUUCUGAGAUUCGAUGGCUCAAGCUGUGGAAGAAUGGUACAAGCAAAUGCCUAUUAUUACCCGCUCCUAUCUCACUGCCGCUAUUGCUACCACAAUCGGCUGUUCCCUUGAUAUUAUUUCUCCGCAUCAUCUUUACUUGAACCCUAUCCUGGUGGCCAAGAAGUAUCAGUUCUGGCGUCUGAUUACCAACUUCCUGUUCUUCCGAAAAAUGGAUUUGGAUUUUUUGUUUCACAUGUUUUUUCUUGCCCGAUACUGCAAGCUUCUGGAAGAAAACUCUUUUAGGGGAAGAACAGCUGAUUUCUUUUAUAUGCUCUUAUUUGGGGCCACGGUGCUAACUGCAAUUGUUUUGGUUGGGGGAAUGAUACCAUACUUGUCCGAGUCAAUUGCUGAAGUUAUAUUCCUUAGCAACUCUCUGACAUUCAUGAUGGUUUAUGUGUGGAGCAAGCAAAAUCCGUUCAUCCAUAUGAGCUUUUUGGGCCUCUUUACUUUUACAGCAGCUUACCUGCCAUGGGUUCUACUGGGGUUCUCUGUACUUGUCGGGGCCAGUGCAUGGGUAGAUCUACUGGGUAUGGUUGCUGGCCACGCUUAUUAUUUUCUUGAAGACGUGUACCCACGAAUGACAGGCCGUCGACCGUUGAAAACCCCAUCCUUUAUCAGGGCCUUAUUUGCUGAUGAAGCAGUUGUAGUGGCACGGCCCGUGGAUUUGAGAUUUGCAGCACCUGCUGUUGAGGAUAUUCAUCAAGAUUAGUUAUUAGACAUUUGAGCAGUCUAGUGAACUGAAGCUUACCAUCUUUUGGGCAUUUAUCCACCCAAGAAAGGAGCAACCCCUGAUGACAAGGAAUUGUAUUUUUCAUCUGUAACAUAGUACACACCAAAUUUGGAUUCAAUUUUCCCACCUUUGUUUGGUAUUGCCUUUGUGCGAUAGUGAAAUCUCAAUGCUAUUAUUCGCUCUGGAA